CUUAAGGCCAGAAAAGGCUUAUGUUAUCUUCCUAGGUCUUCUACCCCUGCAUAACACAAUCCACAGAAUGUCACCCACUUCGUAAUGUAACUUGGCUUGUCACUUAGUUCCAGGUGCCAACUUAGUAGGGACACUCAUUAGCAGCACCUCCUCACUGCUGUUGCAGCAGCAGCUGAUUGAACAGACACUGUGCUUCUGCUGUAGCAGAAACAACUGUGGCAGGCAGACCAUGAAGCAGCAGCCACGGACAUUUUAUGAGUAAGAGUGAACGGACGUGGAAGACGGCGUGAGAACUGCAUCAGAGAGACCAACUGGCGUCUUCGGCAGUGGUGUCUCGAGGCAGGCUUCGGCUUCCUGGACAACGACCCGCAGAUUACGACGAGGGACAUGCUCAGUUGGGAUGGGAUUCACCUGUCCCCCAAAGGUAAGCGUGUGUUUUCUUCUAGGUUGGCAGAUCUCCUCCAGCGGGCUUUAAACUAGGCUCGUCGUGGGGAGGGGAAGAUGAGGGCAGGGGAAGCUGUGGACCACCAAACCAUGUGGCACCCACAAGGACAGCCCAGCCUGAAGGAGAACGUUGGGAACCUGCAAGCCAUGGGGCGGCCAGCACUACAGCACAGGUAAGCAACGAGAAGGUAAGACAUAAGGGCCCGUUGGGAUUUGGAGCAGGGGGGCAGCAAAGGCACCAGUCGCAGGGCUCAAGUGCCUAUAUACUAAUGCUAGGAGCAUGGGGAACAAGCAGGAUGAACUAGUGCUCCUGCUUGCACAAAACACCUAUGACUUAGUAGGGCUAACGGAAACCUGGUGGGAUUUGUCCCACGACUGGGCGGUACAUAUUGAGGGUUACAGAUUAUACAGAAAGGACAGGGUGGGGAAAAAAGGGGGAGGGGUUGCGCUCUAUGUCAAUGAUCAAUAUACAUCAAUGCUCAUCAAGACGGAAUCGAAGGAUGAGGAAGUAGAAGGAUUGUGGGUUAGGCUACAUGGGGGUCAAGGAGAAAGGGAUAUGGUGGUAGGGGUCUGCUACAGACCCCCACACCAAGGGGAAGAAAUAGAUUCGGGGCUCCUGAGGCAGCUCUUGGAGACCAUAAAAGCUAAAGAGGCGGUAGUCAUGGGGGACCUAAACUACCCAGACAUCUGCUGGGAGACGCAGACGGCAAAGUCCCACCAUUCACGCAGGUUUCUAACCGGUGUACAGGACCUCCACCUGACACAGGAGGUACACGGUCCCACUAGGGGGAAUGCCAUACUGGAUCUGGUAUUGGCAACGGGGGACGACAUGGUAGGGGACUUACAGAUCGGUAGCCAUCUGGGGGACAGUGAUCACCUAAUAAUAGAAUUCUUUAUAAAACGUCAAGUGGGUAAGGUAACUAGUAGGGUGAAAGUGCUAGACUUUAGGAAAGCUGAUUUAAAUGAACUCAGGCAAUUAGUCGAGGACGCACUGCAGAGUAGGAGUUUUGAAGUGACGGGAGCCCAAGAAGGGUGGCUGUGCCUUAAGGAAAUGAUCCUUCAUGCACAAAGCGAGACGAUACUGAUGCGAGGAAAAAGAGGGAAAGGGGCCAGGAGGCUUCCUUGGCUGACCAGAGAAAUCCAGGGCAGCUUAAGGGCCAAAAGGGGAGCACAUAAAAAGUGGAAACAGGGAGAAAUCACCAAAGACAAAUAUACCUCCCCUGCUUGCGCUUGUAGGGAAGCAGUUAGACGGGCCAAAGCUACCAUGGAGCUGAGGAUGGCAUCCCAAGUAAAGGACAACAAGAAAUUGUUUUUUAGAUAUAUAGGGAGUAAAACGAAGGCCCAGGGAGGAAUAGGACCCCUGCUAAAUGGGCAGAAACAAUCGGUGACAGACAGGGGGGACAAGGCUGAACUCCUCAACGAGUUCUUUGCCUCAGUGUUCCUAAGUGAGGGGCACGACAAGUCUCUCACUGGGGUUGUAGAAAGGCAGCAGCAAGGCGCCAGACUUCCAUGCGUAGACUCUGAGAUGGUGCAGAGUCACUUGGAAGAACUGGAUGCCUUUAAGUCAGCAGGCCCGGAUGAGCUCCAUCCGAGGGUGCUGAAGGCACUGGCCAACAUCAUUGCAGAGCCACUGGCAAGAAUAUUUGAACGCUCGUGGCGCACAGGCCAAGUCCCGGAGGACUGGAAAAGGGCCAAUGUGGUCCCCAUUUUCAAGAAGGGGAGGAAGGAGGACCCGGGCAACUAUAGGCCAGUCAGUCUCACCUCCAUCCUCGGCAAAAUCUUUGAAAAAAUUAUCAAGGCUCACAUUUGUGAGAGCCCAGCAGGACAAAUUAUGCUGAGGGGACACCAGCAUGGGUUUGUAGCAGGUAGAUUGUGCCUGACUAAUCUAGUCUCUUUUUAUGACCAGGUUACGAAACACCUGGACACCGGAGGAGGGGUGGAUGUCGGAUACUUAGACUUCAGGAAGGCCUUUGAUAUGGUAUCCCACCCCAUACUGGUGAACAAGUUGAGAGGCUGUGACGUGGAUGACUACACAGUCCAGUGGGUUGCGAAUUGGCUAGAGGGUCCUACCCAGAGAGUCGUGGUGGAUGGGUCGGUUUCGACCUGGAAGGGUGUGGGCAGUGGGGUCCCACAGGGUUCGGUCCUGGGACCGAUACUCUUUAAUGUCUUCAUCAGCGACUUGGAUGAGGGAGUGAAAUGUACUCUGUCCAAGUUUGCAGAUGUCACAAAGCUAUGGGGAGAAGUGGACAUGCCGGAGGGCAGGGAACAGCUGCAGGCAGACCUGGAUAGGUUGGACACGUGGGCAGAAAACAACAGAAUGCAGUUCAACAAGGAGAAAUGCAAAGUGCUGCACCUAGGGAGGAAAAAUGUCCAGCACACCUACAGCCUAGGGAAUGACCUGCUGGGUGGCACGGAAGUGGAAAGGGACCUUGGAGUCCUAGCGGACUCCAAGAUGAACAUGAGUCGGCAGUGUGACGAAGCCAUCAGAAAAGCCAAUGGCACUUUAUCGUGCAUCAGCAGAUGCAUGACGAAUAGAUCCAAGGAGGUGAUACUCCCCCUCUAUCGGGCGCUGGUCAGACCGCAGUUGGAGUACUGCGUGCAAUUCUGGGCACCGCACUUCAAGAGGGAUGUGGAUAACCUGGAGAGAGUCCAGAGAAGGGCCACUCGUAUGGUUAAGGGCUUGCAGGCCAAGCCCUAUGAGGAGAGACUAGAGAACCUGGACCUAUUCAGCCUCUGCAAGAGAAGGUUGAGAGGCGACCUUGUGGCUGCCUAUAAGUUCAUCAUGGGGGCACAGAAGGGAAUUGGUGAGGUUUUAUUCACCAAGGCGCCCCCAGGGGUUACAAGAAAUAAUGGCCACAAGCUAGCAGAGAGCAGAUUUAGAUUGGACAUUAGGAAGAACUCCUUCACAGUUAGAGUGGCCAAGGUCUGGAACGGGCUCCCAAGGGAGGUGGUGCUCUCCCCUACCCUGGGGAUCUUCAAGAGGAGGUUAGAUAGGCAUCUAGCUGGGGUCAUCUAGACCCAGCACUCUUUCCUGCCUAUGCAGGGGGUCGGACUCGAUGAUCUAUUGAGGUCCCUUCCGACCCUAACAUCUAUGAAUCUUUGAAUCUAUGCAUCUGUUACUGAGGAUUAAAUAUACCGUUAUUUAUGUAUCUUAUGCUAUAAAUAAUAUAUCAAUUAAACAGUAUUACUACUGCUGUUAUUUCA